CAGUAUUUCAGAAUGUUUUCCAGAGGAGCUUUGCAGUUUGUGAGCUCCAGCCAUGGACCACAACAGCUACCCAAUGAAGAAGCUGGGCUAUAACACAAAGGACUACAAGACAAUGAAACCCAACGACUGUGGUUCCAAUGUCAAGUACUGUCUCCUGUUCACCAGUCUCAUCCAGAUGCUGAUAAUUCUGGGGCUUAUCCUUUUCAUGAUCUAUGGAAACACCUACAGCAGCCACCAAUCUCACCUUGAGACCAGUCAGAACCAGUCAGUUCAGUUGAUCAAGGAAGUCCAAAACCUGAAAGGUGCCGAAAGAAGUCUAAAGAAGAAUCUGACAAGCUGCAAUUACAAGAAUGGCAACCUCACAGAACAAAUGAAAAAUACAGUGAAGACUAUGAGAAGAUGCAUUUUGUACAAGAAUUGCACGGAUUAUUUACCACUCAACCCCUAUUUUCCAGAAUGUAACAGCUUGAAGAGAAACAACACUGACAACCAAAUGAAGCUUGCAAAGUGCACGUCUGAUCUGCAGCUCAUGGAGAUGAGGCAGAAACUGAAAGAGAUAGAAGUGCAAGACCAGAUAAGAAAACUGUAUCAGCAACUGCGGGACUUUGGAGGAAACUGUACCUCUAUGAGCAAGGACUUUAGGACUACACUGAAUGAGAUCAAAGCAAAUUAUGAAUCAUUCUUCAGCAAACUGGCCAGUGGAAUGCUUGCCUACAGAUGGGACAUGAGAGAUCAAUUGAACCAAAUCAAAGCCAACUGCAGCCCGCUUUCUUUAAGUUUCGAAGCGAAAGUUCAGCAGCAGCUGUCCAGAGCUGAGAGAGAAAUCGAAAUGAUGCAGAGGGCCAAGGUUGAUCAGCAGAGGACGAUCGAUAACCUGAAAAGGGCAAAUGAAGAGUGCAAGAAGGGUGCAGCCGUAAAAUUGGAUGAUAAUACAAAGGAACUAGAGAAACUUGUGGAGUCCAAUAAGCAGUGCUUGGAAAGGAUGAUAGAGGUUCUGGGGGAGAAGGAGGGCUUACAAAAUUAUCUGAAUAACCUGAGGAACAGACACCAACCAUAUAAUUACCUGUUUAACAAAAGAGCCAUCCCAUCCUUUGAAUCUUCCUGCCAGGAGAAUGUCGACCUCUUGAAAAAAAAGGUGGAUUUACUAAACAUCCAACUGGCAGCCAUGCAGCGCAAAGAAGCAUUCAUGGACCUGAAGCUGAAGGAACAAGAAGCCAGGUGUUCGAACUGCAGGGUGCCAGAACAUACAGGGUAAAGACGCCAUGAUCUGCAUGAAGUAAGAGAGGAAAACCUCAUCAGUAUCAAUACGUCCAGUGGAAUCCUCUUUUUCUGCCACUUGCGAUACACACUCUAAUGUCUCCUUAGUGUCUUGUGUGGCUGUUGUUGUUCCUUUUCACUGCUUAAGGCACAUCGGGUGCCUUUUUUUUUCUGUUUCCUUAGCAUUUGUCUGUUUUUUUUAAAAAACACUCAACCCAACACAGAUGGAAAGCGUGCAAGGAACCAGCUGGAUUCAAACCCCAGUCCACUCCCUUCAAAGCCCAGUUUUGAUGCCACUACACCACCAGCUGGUUUGGUGUGUCUGGUAGCUCUCACAUUGUCUUCAGUGCUCUGUCCACCAACAGUCUAAUAGUCUGAUAAAUGAAGGUAGAGUUAUGAGUUAUAGAGUUACAAUAUAUUCUGUAAGGAGGUGGUUGGAACUAUGUUUUGUUACAAAAGGGAAGUUAAAAAUCAUUGUAUCAUAUAAGGUAAAUCAAAAUAAUUGCAGGGCACAGAAGCAGCUACAAGAUAACAUGGCAAAGGCAAUACUUGAAAUUUGAUUCAAAGCCCUGGAGAGGAAAUGGUUGUGAAGCAGUGGGAUGCAAGGGUGCAGAAGAGAGGGAGGAGUGAGAUUGAUUUAGGAUGGAUAUAGAUGUUUUGGAGAGAAGCAGACAGUGGGAUUAUUUUGGGAUUGGUUCAGGGGUAUUGGAGAGAAAUGGGCAGGUGGGACCGAUUUGGAAUUGAAUUAGUGGUUUGGGAAAAGAGGGUAAACAUUGUUAAAUUAUACUUGGUAUAGAGGUGUGGCAGAAUGGGGUCCCAUUGGAUUAGUUUGGGAUUAUGCAGGGAUGGCAGAGAGAAGGGGGUAUGGGAUUAACUCAGGGAUGAUUCAGUAAAGUGGGAGAGAAGGGGGAAGUGGGAUUAGUUUGGAGUACCCAGAGAGCAAAGCCUUCAGCUUGGGGAAUGUUCUUGCUUCGAUCAGAGAAACUUUUAAUCAAAGUUGGGAAAGCGAACUUUGCACUUGAGGUCUUUACCUUGAUUUAUAUGCAAUCAUGAGGAAUCAGGAACAAAUCCCAGGAUCAUGAUUUGUAAUUUAUCUGAAGUUGGAUAAUACCAAUAAAAACCUUCAUUCCAAACAAGCUGAACAAAAAGGAUUCAAAACAUAGACAUGAUUGGUCUGGGCAGUGCAAGUUGGCAAAAUAGAGCUUAAGAUGCCCCUAUCUGGCCUCAGGUUACUGAUUGGACAAUCUGCAAGAGAUGGUCUGCCAUUCUGUCACAAGCAGGGCAAAAACUUGGGAAACAGAAUCCAUCUCCAACAGCAGCCAGUGUGUGGGAUGUGCAAGGAUUGGGAUAACAGGAUUCCAGUGUGUGUGAUGUGCAAGGAUUGGGAUAACAGGAUUCCAGUGUUUGUGCAUAAUGCUUUCAUAACUAGAUUGAGGAUUUCCUCUGUUGCAUUUGCUCAUGUGGCAAUUCCUUAGGUAUGAGAGAAAACUGUUAAAGUUUCAAGUCAGUCUGACAUCUCAUUCUACUUUAAAGAUGGCAAACAUAAAGAAAUAAGCAAAACAUUAAUCAAAAAAUGUUAAUCACUGGAUUCAAACCACAUAAAUAUUACCUAUUGAUGUUAAUCCAAAAAUAUUAACCAACAAAUACUAACUAAUUAAUUAAUUUUGGAUUUUUAACUUGGUUUUUACUCAAAGCUGGGGUGUGACAAAGUUGGGAAGGCCAACAAUUACUGCCUAUCCCUGUGUGCUCUCGGGAAAGUGCUGGUGAGUCGUCCAGAACAAAUACAGUUCUUCACAUGAAGAUCCCCCAAAUAACAAUAGUUAACCAAAUGUUAUUAACCAAAGACAGUUAACUAAGAUACAUAAUAUUUCAGUUGCUAAUUCAACCCCUGAUCUGGGAACAGGGGUAGAUGUAUUAACAAGUUUGAUCCUCUAACAGACUAAUUUUCUAUUUGGCUUGCUAUGUCUAAUUUUUAUUAUUUGUUGACAUACAGCGCGGAGCAGCCCCUUCCAGCAGCCCCUGACUUAACCCCAGCCUAAUCGCGGGACAAUUCAUAAAGGGCAAUUAGCCUACUAACCAAUGCGCCUUUAGGACUGUGGGAGGAAACUCUGGCAAAGCCCCGUGCAUUCCACAGGGAGAAUGUACAGGCUCCUUAGAGAUGACAUCGGAAUUGAACUCUAAACUCCAAUGGCACGAGCUGUAUAAACUAUGUUCUUACUGCUCUGCUGCCAUGGAGAAGUAGAUUACAGUUAUGAGAUUUAUAUUCUGUAUCAGUUCUUUGUUUAUUGCAUAUGCUUACAAUAUUUCUUUAGAUAGCAAUACUAUUACAUACAAAUCUCUCAGUCCUCCAUGUAUUGGAUACAGCAUCUUCACUUCCCCUCUCCAAUUAUCCUUCCCACUUCUAAUGCUGUAUCCCUCUCCCACCUUUAUUCUAACGGAGAGGAUUUAUAUUCAAAGGAGUCUGUGGGCAGUGAGAGGGCUCCCAGGUUAACUUUAACGACAAUUGUAACUGGCAUUGAAGAAGUUUGGCUCCGGGCUGCCUACUGCACUGUAUUGUUCAAACCAAAGGAUUAAUAAACAAAUGCUGAAUGCCA